UGGCUCACAGCUUUUGAAAGGUGUCCAGAGCAAACACAUGAAAUAGCUCACCUUGGAGCCACUCUCUAAGAGGAAAUCAAGCAGGUUCUUGUGGUCAAUUCUGUCUCUUUCGGCAUGGCUGGGCAGCAUGACCGAGCUGGACGUUGCCCACUUUCUCAGACUCUUGGAACUCCUCCGCUGCCCCGACAACAGUACAAGAUCCGACGCUGAAAAGAGGUAUGUUGCCGCAUGCCAAACAGAUCCAGCUCAUGUUUUUGCAUGUUUGGCGCAUUGCUUGGCUCACCAUGAUGACGUGAUCAGGAUUCAGGCUGCCACGUUGCUGCGCCGGGCUGCGACGGUUGCCACGGGACCUGAAGAUCCAUGGCCAAAGGCGGUCCACGUGCAUGCGGCCAUCCGUAUCAACCUCAUCAAGGCCAUAGCACGGGAAAGUUGUUCACCGGUGAGACGUACCUUGGUGGCUGCCAUUGCCGUCAUCUCUGAGGCUGGGCCAUGGCCAGAGUUGGUUCCCAUGGUGUUCGAUCUUGCGAAUGAAAACGUUGAGGCUGCCAUUUGUCUUUUGGGCGAGCUGGUGGGCCGCCACGUCGAGGAGAUCAUGUCUCACAGUCAGACGAUGAGCAUCAUCCACCAGGGUUUGACCUCCAAAACACUCGCGGCAAGCGCCAUUGUGUUGGUCUCCCAGAUAGUGGGAGCUCAUCAGGGUGAGCUGAAGUGGAAGACUGGAGUGGCGAGUGCUCUACAGCAAGUCCUUCCACAAUUGGAAGGUGCAUUGGCCCUGCUCACGGAAGAGCAAUCACCAAACCUCCCUGAAGCCUUACAAGCGUUGAUUAUGCUGGCAGAACAUCAGCCCAGCUUCUUCAAAUCAAGAUACCAGAUAUGGAUUGAAAUCAUGCUGAAGCUCGCUCUAUCUCCGGUUCAUCCUUCUGUGCGAAUGCUCUCCUUUGAAUGGGUGGCCAGCCUCGUAGCCUCCGCCAAGGGAUUGGUGAAGGCAGUGCCUGAUUUACCUUCCAAAGCUCUGACAGUUGCAUUUCUUUUUCUCAGUGAACUUGAGGAAGAUGAAGAAGCGGAACGGCUUUGCAAAGAAGGCGAGGCCAAAGUGGACUUCUUGGUGAAGAACUUCACGUUCAACGUGGCCAAGAGCCCGUUGGCCUCCUUGACGCUUCGCUACGCCAGAAGUCCUUCAUGGAAGGAACGGACGGCAGCUGCUCUGGCCAUUCGAGCAGCCGGGGAAUAUGCGGAUGAGAUUUCGGCUGAUCAGAUGACCGAAGCGCUUCUGCAAUUGACCACCGAUCCGCACUGCCGUGUUGGCUCUGCAGCCUUUUUCGCUUUGGGACAGUUGUGUCAUGAUCGGGGUUCCAACUUCAACCAAGAAUGGUGUGAGAAGUUCAUGCCCGCCUUUGCCCGAGGUUGUCAGGAGAAAGAGGUUCUCAUAGCAAGGAAGGCCAUCGGAGCACUGGAAAGUCAUCUUCACCAAUGCUCAUCGCAUGAGAUCAGUCGAUUUUCCAGCAUGCUCGUCAACGUCCUGGUGCUGAAACUGCAGUCCUCUGACACGAACAUCGUCGUCGCAGCCUUGGAGGCUCUUGGUGCUUUGGCCAUCGCAGUGGAUGAUGGCUUUGAUGAUUGCUACGAUUCUUUGGCCCCAUUGCUGUUGAGGGCACUUGAAUCUACAUCGAAGGACCAUAUCCACUCCACCAUUCGUGAGAAGGCGUUUGAAUGUAUCUCCUUGAUGGGUUUCGCAGUGACCAAAGAGAAGUUUGCACCCCUCGCUGCAGCUGCAUUGAAGUCGCUUGCACCAAAACGUGAAUCAGAUGUUAUAGAUGCAAGCAUUGACGUGUGUGAAUUAUCAGAUUGCUCCCGGGAUUCGAUCCAACGCAUGUGCAAAGUCCUGGGCGUUGACUUCGGACAUUUUCUUCCGCUUUUGGUGCCCAGCAUUUUGGGCAGCCUGGACCAACUUGAAGCAUUCACCACUGACAUUCAAGGGGCUGAAGAUGAUUUGGUUGUACAACUGGAUACUUCCACUUUUCGAGUGAGGACCGGGCAGCUAACAGAAGCUGUUGCACUGAUAAAGCUUCUAGAAGUGCUAAUGAAACACACUGCUGAGUGCUUCUUGCAGUUUGUCUUGCCCACCAGUCGGGUUUUAGUCAAGCUUCUGAGUCAAAGUCCAUCGGUCUUCACCUCGGAGCUCCGUGAGGGCAUUUAUCCCACUUGGGCUGAGUUGGUGAGUUUGAAGGGUUUGGAUUUGGAGACCAAACGCAUUUUGGUGCAAAGCUUCGUGGAGAAACUGGCCUUGGAUAUCAUGAACAGUGAGGAAGCAGACGAUAUUGCUUCCAUGGCCAGAGCUCUUGCCUUGAUCAUCGAUCGGGCGAGGCACGAAGACGGAACGCUCCCUGGUGCGACUGCGCAGGUGACGGCGCAGCAGGUGACGGAUCUCUGUGGACUUGCCGUCAGCGAAAUCGCGAAAUCCUUUCAGCGAGAAGGGGCGGGGCCAGUGGAGGGUGAGACUUCGAAGAGGGAAACAUCGUGGAGUGGAUCGGACGAGGAGGAAGAAGGCGAUGACGAAGAUGAGAACGAGGAGCACCAGUGCCGCACAGGGCUUUUGUCAAUCAUCACCUCCUGCAUGAAGGCAGACCCGCAGGCCUUCCUCUCAUCAGCUUGGCCAAGUUUGCUAAGCUUAUUGCAGCAAUGGUUUGGCAAACCACGAGGGGCUGGAGGAACCAAGUUGGCAUUGCGUUUGGCUUGUGAGAUAUGUCACUUGGGUGAGGAUGCUGCAAGUGCUUGGCCUACCUUCAUGACGCAGGUGGUCGUAGCCUUGUCCUCCGAUCGCGAGGAGCGACGCUGGGCCGCGCGUGGCGUGGCCUGGGCCGCGCGCAGCGAGGCCUUUGCGCCCUGGGCGCUCCCAGCGGCCGAGCGGCUGCGGCCGCGGGAGCUCCGGAGCGACGGUGAGAUUGCUGCACUGGUGCAGCUGUGCUUGAGUCACUCGAGUGCAUUGGCCGACACUUGCAGCGACUGCUGGAGGAGUUGUUUUGCAGCACUUCCCUUGAAGGCAGAUCUCGCUGAAAGCCGCAGGCUGAACAACCAAAUCUUCGCUCAGGUCGAAUCUGGGGCGAUUCAAGGGAUUUCUGCAGCACGAGCCGUGGGCUACCUCUCUGAAGUUCUUGGACUGAGUCGCUAUCGUGCUGUCGCUGUCGUGCUGUAGCUGUAUGUCGCACCGAGUGCUGUGGGAGUCCAAAUGGGCGCCUGAAGGUCUAUGGCAACAAAGACGUGUGUGAUCAGGAUCUCCAAGCCAAGUUUCUGGCCUCACUGGCCAGCAUGCCCUUGAAGACUUACAGCGAAGCUUCGGCAUGUGUUUUCAGAUGCAGUGUUUUGCCUGAGCAAACGCACAAACCACAUGUGGUCACUAAAAAGUACACUGUGCCAACCAGUGCGAUGAUUGACUGGCACAGCAACAAGAGUAGGAGCGAGCGACUGGCAAAACCGGCAAGCUUAGUGAGGUCCGGUCUUUCGGCCGUUUGUUCUGGUCAGCUUCCUCUCCAUUCUUUUCUUGUUCCACCCCUUCUAGUCACAUCACUUCUUUUGCUUCCCGACUUUUAAUGCAAUGCUUUUAUCUCUUUGGUGCAAGAGCUCACCAAAUUUGGAUACAACACUGGCAGAAGACUGGGAGCACUUCAAGGGCUCUGUGAAGAUGCAUGCGAGGCCUUUGACCCUGUAAAUGCAAGC